UCUGAAAAAAUAAAAAAUAAUAUAAUCGACAGCGUUAAUAAAAGGUAUAUAUAACAGGAGAUUGUGUGAGCAAUUAGGGUUUCUUGGCGCCGUUCGUUUUCAUUUCACCUCUUACGCCACGGUCCAACUCGGAGGAGGGAGCGAAAAUGCCUUCACACAAGACAUUCAGAAUCAAGAAGAAGCUCGCCAAGAAGAUGAGGCAGAACAGACCCAUCCCUUACUGGAUCCGCAUGAGAACCGACAACACCAUCAGGUACAACGCUAAGCGUCGUCACUGGCGCCGCACCAAGCUUGGGUUCUGAGGUUCUUUAGUUACUUGGUUUUGUUUUUAUUUUACUUUUGAAAUCAGACAACAACUUUUGUUUCGGAAUUUUAAAUGUUGGGAUUGAGAUCAGUUUUAUUUAUGUAAGGAAUUGGUUUGUGGUUUUGAACCACAACUUAUUUUAUGAAGUUACUAUGAUGAUUUGACUCAUGCUAUUUUAUUUGUUCAAUAGAAUGAAUGGUCUUUAAUCUGUU